GCUGCCACUUUUCCUUCUCCUUGCACAGCAUAAGCCACAAGGCUGCCGCAUCUCCUCGAAACCCGCCAUCCUCACGAUUCUCGCACCUCCUCACCCAAAUCCGAACCCGAACCCUGAUCCGCCAUGUCCAGACGAGCCCCCAAUCCCGGCGCUGAGCGGGCAGCGCAGAACCAGGCCACCAUCAAGAGCCUCCUGAAGCUCGAACCCAACAAAGUCUGCGCCGACUGCAAGCGGAACAAGCACCCCCGAUGGGCCAGCUGGAACCUAGGCAUCUUCAUCUGCAUUCGCUGCUCCGGCAUCCACCGCGGCAUGGGCACCCACAUCAGCAGAGUCAAGUCCGUCGACCUGGACUCGUGGACCGACGAGCAGCUGCAGAGCGUGCUCAACUGGGGCAACGCCCGCGCCAACAAGUACUGGGAGGCCAAGCUGGCGCCCGGCCACACCCCCUCCGAGUCCAAGAUUGAGAACUUCAUCCGCACCAAGUACGAGCUGAAGCGAUGGACAAUGGACGGACCCAUUCCCGAUCCCUCGACCCUCGACGCCGCCGCCGACGACGACGUCCCCCUGAGCCUUGUCAAGGAGAAGCAGGUUCUGGAGAGGAACGAGUCCAUCAGGAAGGCGUCGAUAGGACAGGGCCAGGCACCGCGGCGGGCUCCUCUCCCGGCCCCUGCGGUGGGCGACCUCAUCGGCGGCGACGACCCUGUGCCGGUGCGGGCGACUAGCGGGCCGCCCGUUGGCAGAGUCACGCCCAAGGCCGACCCCGCGCCUCCCAAGACGACUGGCACCAAGGACUCGCUGCUCGGAUUGGAUUUCUUUGGCGAGUCCAGUGCGCCGCCGCGGCCUGCGAGCACGCCAGGGGUUUCAUCACCCACUGGCCAGUCAAGGCCGGAUCUGAAACAGUCCAUCCUGUCGCUAUAUGCCUCUGCCCCCAAGCCGCAGCCCCCGCAACAGUACCAGCAGCAGCAGCAGCACGGAUUUGGAGGCCCUACCUCGCCAACCCUGAGCCACCACUCACAGGGCUCAAUGGGCGGCUUCAACGACGCCUUUAGCAACCUGAAUCUGGCCGCCGCCAAGCCGGCACCAGUCGACCCUUUUGCCAAUCUGGGCUCCAGCGUGCGACCGGCAGCUUCUUCUAACAACAACAACAACAACAGCAGCAGCAAUGCCUUUGGCGGCCUGAGCGGCGGAAGCUUCUUCGACUCUAAGCCAGCGCAGUCUCACCAGUCGAAGCCGUCCAACUCCAGCUCUAGUUUCAGCGGGUUCGGAGCCUUUUCGACACCCGUGGCCGCUGCCCCGUCCGCCGCACCCAAGGCGUCUUCUGCUCUCGACGACCUCUUUGACUUUUCCGCGCCCACCCAGUCCAUGUCUCCGCCCGUCGCCCAGCCGAGCGCUCCGGUGUCGAGCUCCGUCUUCAACCUCUCGUCACCCCAGAGCAAACCCGCCGCUCCCGCGCCCGCCUCGAGCUCGACCGCGGCCGUGAUUGGCGGGGCCAACCUGUCGGGAGCUGAUGUCUGGGGAGGAAACGAAUGGAGCACCUCAACGCAGUCGACGGCCGCCCAGAAGAGCCCUGCGCUGCCCAAGCCGCCGGCAUCAACCACGCUCGGAUGGGAGGGAGGUUCGUUCGCCAACACGCCCAUUGUGCCUGGAUCUAACGGGGGGUUCAGCCUGGCGCCCAAGGUGGCCGCUGACGAAGAGUUUGGCGGCUGGGCGAGCAGCACCGGACCGACGACGAGCUCUGGGACGGCGGCCAAGGGUGGCUUUGGGGCCGAUGACGAUUUGUUCUCUAAUGUCUGGCAGUAGAUCUUGCCUCUUCCCCAUAUAUACUAUAAUGAUGACGAGCUGGAAGCAGGCUUGAGAGGUUGCAGAGCGGGCUAAUGACGAACGUUGGACUUUGGGUAGGCGGGCAUGUUACUGGGCGUUUGUUAUGCAUGUUGGGAGUCUUGUAGAUUGC